CGAACCCCAUUUCUCGAACCGCCGAAACAUUUGCGCGAAUAAACUCAAUUUAUUUAUCCGUCCUUUUCACAACUUUCUCACUCACUUCAUCAACUUAAUAACCGCUUACAAACAGAUGGAACCUGAAAAACCUACCGUAACGGCGGACCCCGAUGGAAGCGGCGACGAAGGUUUAAUUGCAUUAACGGAAAGUGGAAACAGUAACGGUAACGGUAGAGACAGAGUGAAAGGUCCUUGGUCACCUGAAGAAGACGCCAUUCUCAGUCGUCUUGUAAGUCAGUUCGGUGCAAGAAACUGGAGUCUUAUUGCUCGUGGGAUCGCCGGAAGAUCCGGUAAGUCGUGUCGGCUCCGGUGGUGUAAUCAACUUGAUCCUGCUGUUAAGCGGAAACCCUUCACUGAUGAGGAGGACCGGAUCAUAGUUUCUGCUCAUGCAGUCCAUGGAAACAAAUGGGCAGCCAUCGCCAGGCUUCUACCAGGAAGAACAGAUAAUGCAAUUAAGAACCACUGGAAUUCUACGUUGAGGCGUCGGGGAGUUGAACAUGAUAAGAUUAAGUUAGAAUCUGGUAACAUGAUAGAAGAUAUUAGCUUGGAGAAAGCCAAAGCAUCAUCAGAAGAAACUCUUUCAUGUGGAGAUGUUAAUUCUUUGAAAUCCUCAGAAGUAAGAGAUGUUACGUCUAUGGAGAUCGUUGACGAUAAGCACGAAGGCAAAGCACGGACUGAUGGUCAAUUAUCCCAUGAAGUCAGGGAACCACCUACCCUUUUUAAGCCCGUCGCACGCGUAAGUGCUUUUAAUGUAUAUCAAGCUUUCAAUAGUUCGCAACCUUCAACAUCAGUUCAAAGACCUGUUCCAAUGCAUGGACCUAUUUUACAAUCGUCAAAACCAGAUAUGGAUUUUUGUAAAAUGCUUAAUGGAACUCAUGGCGACCGGUCAGUACCUCAACAGUGUGGUCAUGGAUGCUGUUCUCUAAAUGGUAACAACUCAAAAAGUUCUUUGUUGGGACCAGAAUUCAUUGAUUAUUCAGAACCACCAUCUUUCCCAAGUUUUGAGUUGGCUGCAAUAGCUACAGACAUUAGUAACCUUGCUUGGCUUAAAAGUGGAUUGGAGAAUAGUAGUGUCAAAAUGAUGGGUGAAAAUGCUGGCAGGGUUAAUUUCUAAUGGAUCAUAAUUACAUAUUGGCCAUGGUAAUAUAAAAAAAAAAAAAAGACCAAUCUUAAUGUUACUGGAUGGAUGUGCAUAAAGGCUAUAAUGAUGUCAACCGUUGUAGUAAACAAAUUUGUAGGCUGUGGAAUUAUGUGAAUCAUUGUGAUAAUGUAUAUGAAUUCGGGUGUUGACUGAGUAGUGAUUAGGACUUACAUAAUUACCUGAAUUGCUUCUUUUCGUGAUGACUAUAAUUACAUGGAAUUGCUUCUUUUCA